UGUCACGGAGUUUUAACGGGCUGGAGUCUGUCCACCCACUAAAGGCAUCUUCCAAUCAGAUUGUCUGUACAGGGCGAAGCCACGCCCCGCACGGCUUCUUUCCGUGCAUAUAUUAAAAUAAUGCUUCCUCCAUCAUGUGAGGGAUAUUUCUAAUAAAUGGUUAUAAAAGUAUUCACCCUUCAUAUGAAACUGAACGUCGACAUAACAUUAAUUCCAACUUCCUGCAUUUGAAAUACGCUUUAACAUGAUACUACACAUGGCAAUCUAUUCAAAAGAAAGUUAUAAGGUCCUACAGUCCCAGUCUCUGCUGUGGGUUCCUGAUCCGUCGUGGUGGUCUACUGUCUGGCCCUGGAGGGCUUCUGCUCUGUCUGUUCCGCCAUGGAGGUAUUCUGCCUUGUCUGCUCCGCCCUGGUGGGCUCCAGUCCCGUCUGCUCCACCCUGGUGGGCUCCAGUCCCGUCUACUCUGCACUGGUGGGCUUCUGCUCUGUCUGCAACACCGUGGAGGUCUUCUGCCCCAUCUACUCCGCUCUGGUGGGCUCCUGCUUCGUCUGCUCUGCCCUGGUGGGCUCCUGUUCGGUCCUGGUCUCCGCCUGGGUACUCUGCUUCGCCGGUUCUGCCUGGGUGUCCUGCUCUGCCGGCUCUGCCUCAGUCCCCGGUCUUCUCACUCCCACGUGGACCUGGCCCUCCGUCCCUCCCCCUGUUCGGCCUCUGCUCCACCACCCUCCUGGAUUGUGUAGUGGUUGAAUCCGGUCUAUGAACUUCCGUUCACUCACCACCAGAGGUCACUCGCUCACCACAUUGACUCUCACAGCACACAUCACACUGGACUCAAUUUCCCAUCAUCCAUUGCACUGAUUGCACACAUAGCUGAUUGCACUGAUCACACACCCUACUGAAGCCAUGGACUUUCUCUCCCUCACUGCCGAGUAUUGUAUGCACUUAUCCUUCUCCUAGCGAUAGCUACUACGGAGCCCACUUAGUUGUCUUAGUCUUGCCUGUUUUCCUGUGUUUGUUUCUAGCCCGUGUUCCCUGGAUUAACCCUUGCCUUGCCGUUUGGACACUGUUUGCACCUCUCUUGGAUUCUAACUCAUGUACCUGGAUUAUCUCUCUGCCUUGCCCCAUUGGAUACUGUUCACCGAUCGUCGACCCACGCUUGUCCUAGGAUUACUCUUUGUCUUGUCCCUGCCAUACCUGUUUGCCAUUGUUUCGACCCUGCCUGUAUUUAUGACCAUGCCUUUAAAUAAA